GGCACCAGCUGUCCAUCCCCGGGGCCAAGUCUGCGGAGCCCGCUGUGUGCGUGAGAGAGACCGGUGGCUCUGGGGGCGGCAGGCGGGCAGCUGCCGAGGAGGACUAGCUGGGAGCGUCCACUCGCCUUCUACCAGUAUGGCGACGUCCUCGCAGUACCGCCAGCUGCUGAGUGACUACGGGCCACCAUCUCUAGGCUACACCCAGGGAACUGGAAGCAGCCAGGUGCCCCAGAGCAAAUACGCGGAGCUGCUGGCCAUCAUCGAAGAACUGGGAAAGGAGAUCAGACCCACGUACGCCGGCAGCAAGAGCGCCAUGGAGAGGCUAAAACGUGGCAUCAUUCACGCUAGAGGACUGGUUCGGGAGUGCUUGGCAGAAACGGAACGGAAUGCCAGAUCCUAGCGGCUGUAGUUUUGAAGGUUCUUUCUUUCUACAAGAUGAGAAGUUACAAUUCAUCUCCCCUGUUCAGAUGAAACUCUUGUUUUCAAGAUGGUAACAGUUUGGUUUUUCUCUCAUGGUUCACUUGGCUCCGAACCUACAGUCUCAAAGAUUGAGAAAAGAUUUUGCAGUUAAUUGGGAUUUGCAUUUUAAGUAGUUAGGAACUACCCAGGUUUUUUUUUUUAAGCAUUGAUUUAAGAGAUGCACGAAGCGAUCUUAUAGCAAACUGUAGUUUGCCUCCAAGACACCAGUGUCUCCCUUUAAUCUUUUCUUUUGAGCACACUUAUGUUACCCACGUUGUUCUUUGUUCCUCUUCAUAAGCUAAUACAGCUCUAGGGGUUUUGUUUUUAAUGCAUACUGACAGCACGCUUUACUUAGUAGCCGCUCCAUUUGCCAUACAAUGUAGAUUCUACCUAAUGUAACUUCUUUUUUGCUUAAGCGUUUGCAUGACUAUUAGUGCUUUGAAGUCAGUUUUUUAAAUGCACAAGUUAUAAAUACAAAAGGAAGAGCAGCCUACCAAACUUAACAAGGACCCUCGAAAACUUUCAUACUAAGACUGUGAGUAGAUUUCAGUUCUGCGUUUACUGUAAGUUGAUCAAAACAUCUGGAAGAAAAUGACUAAAACUGUUUGCAUCUUUGUAUGUAUUUAUUACUUGAUGUAAUAAAGCUUAUUUUCAUUAACAAUUUGUAUUAAAA